UGAUUAAAGGUGCAGCAGAGCAUAAAAGAGGCUGCAGGUUGAGCUGAAUCAGGAGAUCCUCUGGAACCAGAGCUUUCAGAGGAUUUCUGAGAAUGUACGGCCAGAACCAAGGGAACCCAGGAGGUAACCCUGCUUUCCCUCCACCAAUGUCAAACUGCCCUCCUGCACCUGGACCUCCAGGACACGCCGGACAUCCACACGGUCCUGGACACGGUCCUGGACACGGUCAUGGACACGGUCAUGGUCAGUGCCAGGGUCAGUGCAAGGGUCAGUGCCAUGGACAUGGACACAAAGACAAGAAAAAACACAAGCACAAGGACAAGCACAUGCACAAGGACAAGGAUAAGCACAAGCACAAGGACAAGGACAAGCACAAGCACAAGCAAGGCCACAAACACGGCCACUGCCACAAGAAAGGGAAGGACAGCCACGGGGCGUCCAGCAGCUCCUGCAGCAGCAGCAGCAGCAGCAGCAGCAGCAGCAGCAGCAGCGACUCCGACUGAAUGAACUACCAUCAGUUCUUGGAAUCCUUCUGAUUUUAAUCUCAGUUGUUUUGCAUUUAACAGUAAAUGCACAAUUAAACCCAGUAAACACAAAUAAUCGGUCAGAAAACCUGAAUGUCAGAACUUGUGUCAGCUUUUAUCAUGAUGUUAGUCCUGAUGCCUGUUGCUUUCUGAGUGGAAAAAAGUGAUUGCAGUGCAUAAUAAAUGUGAAUACACAAACUA